GGUGCUGAGAAUCAAAUUUAUGGUUCCAUUCCCUCUGAAAUAGGAAAUUUGAAAUAUUUGGAAUAUCUCGAUCUUGGGUCCAACCGGCUGACUGGUCAAAUCCCUCCCACCCUUGGCAAUAUGAAUACUCUAGUUAAUUUGGACCUCUCUUCUAAUCACAUAAGUGGUUCCAUUCCCUCUGAAAUAGGAAAUUUGAAAAUUUUGGAACAUCUUGUCCUUAGGUCCAACCGACUGACUGGUCAAAUCCCUCCGACCCUUGGCAAUCUGACUACUCUAGUUAAUUUGAACCUCUCUUCUAACCACAUAAGUGGUUUCAUACCUCUUCAACUUUCCGUUAUACCUUCUCUAAAAUUUCUAGAUCUUUCCUCAAACCAACUUAGAGGUCCGAUUCCAUUUACAUUAAAUUUCUACACCUGGUCUAGCUUGAUGCGUUUAUAUCUACAAAACAACUCUUUGAGUGAUAUUUUUCCAUGGAAAAUUCUAGAUCUCCCUUUGUUACAGACAGUGGACUUAAGUCGUAACCGCAUUAGCGGAAAGAUACCAACCCAAUCCGAGUGGUACCUUUCGACUUUGGAUCUUUCCCACAAUAUUCUCUCUGGCACUGUCCCCUCGUCUCUUCUGCUACUGGAGGAUGUCGACCUGUCCUAUAAUGCUUUGGAAGGUGAACUUCUGUGUGAGCUUGUCAUUCAGUUUGGUUCAGAAAGAUUUGUCGGCAAUCCAGACUUGCAUUACACUUCCACUCUUUGUGGUGCAUCUCCUCCUGUUAUGAAAAAUCACAGACAUCACCCCCCAUACUACAUCAUAGGUCUUGGCGUGUCCUUGUUGGCGUUCUCAUUAAUUGGCGGAAUAGUGCUCUAUAUCUUCGGCAAAACCAAAGUCAAGAAAGUGGAAAUUGAGCUGAUGGACAAUAAACAUGGAGACAUUUUUAGAAUUUGGAACUACGAUGGAAAUAUGGCUUAUGAAAACAUAAUUAAAGCAACCAAUGAUUUUGAUGUCAGUUAUUGCAUCGGGACAGGGGGUUAUGGCUCUGUAUACAGAGCACGGUUGCCAAGUGGGAAAGUAGUGGCUUUGAAAAAGCUUCACCGUUUGGAAGGCGAGAAUCCAAAUUUUGACAAGAGCUUUAGGAAUGAAGCCGACAUGCUAUCUAAAAUCAGGCACAGGAACAUUGUAAAGCUCUUCGGAUUCUGCCUGCACAAGCGAUGCAUGUUUCUGAUUUAUGAGUAUAUGGACAGAGGAAGCUUGUUUUGUAUCUUGAGAGAUGAAACCGAAGCUGUGGAGCUGGAUUGGAUUAAAAGAGUGAAUUUGAUCAAGGGCAUUGCCAGUGCAUUAUCCUACUUGCAUUACGAUUGUGAUCCGCCAAUCAUUCACAGGGACGUAUCAAGCAACAACAUUCUUUUGAAUUCACAGCUCGAAGCAACUCUUUCUGACUUCGGAACUGCGAGGAUUUUGGAACUUGAUUCAUCAAAUCAAACAGUCAUUGCAGGCACCUUUGGCUACAUGGCACCAGAGCUAGCCUAUACCAUGGUGGUCACUGAAAAGUCCGAUGUGUAUAGCUUUGGAGUUGUGGUGCUGGAAACGCUGUUUGGAGAGCAUCCACAAGAUUUCCUUUCUUGCAUAUCAUCACAACCCAAUGAACCAAUAAUGCUGAAGGACCUUCUAGAUGCCCGUCUGCCCCCUCCGACUAACCCUUUGGUCGUUCGAAAUGUGGUUCUCUCGACAGCGUUAGCCCUGGAUUGCGUCAACGCAAACCCGAAAUGUCGACCAACAAUGCAGCAAGUGGUGAACCGAUUUGAAGUGGGCAGGCGAGAAUCAACUAGGCCUUUGCACACCAUUGCUGUGAAUCAGCUUGUUAGUCCACCAGUACUUUCACUGCCUGACCAAACCUGCGCAGAUGGGACGAGUAGCUUAAGCACCAUAAAUGAAUUCCAUGUGGAUAUCUCUACGACUCUGCCAUUAUCCAAUUUUUCUAUCCAUGUUUCUACCUAAACAGAAUAAGAUCGUGCUUUGCAAAAUGGAAACUUGGCCAAGCACUAAGAUUGCUGCUACAUACUGCCAUUUGGUGUGCUAAUGACAAAAAAAAGGUGUACUAAUUAAUGAACAAGUAGUUUAAGCACCAUGAAUGACUUUCAUGUGGAUAUCUCUACCAUAUCCAAUUUUUCUAUCGAUGUUUCUACCUACCUAUAAUAUUUAUAGCGAAGGAGAAUUUA